UUGGGGUGCAGUGUCGUCCAACCCAAGCUCUCUGAGGCUUUGAUGACCAUGAGAAUGUAAAAAGCAGAUUCAUCUUAACGGCUCCGCGCCCCUACACCGUACCACAGCUCCACACCCUAAAGCGGCCCGAGGUCGGCAGGCUCACUAGGGCGGGUCCCGUGGUGGAGGCGGGGAGAGGGAAGGACCAGAUCAAGCGCCAGCGCCUACUGGGCCCUGCACCAGGAAGCGCUGGAGGUUAGAGAAGCACAAUUCAAACAGGAGACAGAACGAUGGUGUCUUCGCUGAAGCUUCACGACCUCAUCGAGGAGAUUCGCGGGGCCAAGACUCAGGCCCAGGAACGGGAGGUGAUCCAAAAGGAGUGCGCCCAUAUCCGGGCGUCCUUCCGUGAUGGGGACCCCUUGCAGAGGCACCGCCAGCUGGCCAAACUGCUCUACGUCCACAUGUUGGGCUACCCCGCCCACUUUGGACAGAUGGAGUGCCUGAAACUAAUCGCCUCCCCCCGAUUCAUAGACAAGAGGGUGGGCUACCUGGGAGCUAUGCUUCUGUUGGAUGAGAGGCAUGAUGCCCACCUGCUCAUUACCAACAGCAUCAAGAAUGACCUGAGCCAGGGGAUUCAGCCAGUUCAAGGCUUGGCUCUGUGCACUCUGGGCACCAUGGGCUCUGCUGAGAUGUGCCGGGACCUGGCCACAGAGGUGGAGAAGCUGCUCCUGCAGCCAGGCUCCUAUGUACGCAAAAAGGCUAUUCUGACUGCAGUGCACAUGGUCCGGAAAGUCCCUGAGCUCUCUGAUAUCUUCCUUCCACCUUGUGCCAAACUGCUUCGAGAGCACCACCAUGGCAUCCUGCUGGGCACCAUCACCCUGAUCAUGGAGCUCUGUGAAAGAAGCCCUGCUGCCCUCAGGCACUUUCGAAAGGUGGUACCCAAACUGGUGCACAUCCUCCGAACUCUGGUGACAACGGGGUACUCCACAGAGCACAGCAUAUCUGGAGUCAGUGACCCUUUUCUGCAGGUCCAGAUACUUCGUCUGCUUCGGAUCCUGGGCCGGAACCACGAGGAAAGUAGCGAGACCAUGAAUGACUUGCUGGCCCAGGUGGCCACCAACACAGACACCAGCCGGAACGCUGGCAGUGCAGUCCUGUUCGAGACAGUGCUCACCAUCAUGGACAUCUGCUCUGCAGCUGGCCUACGGGUUCUAGCUGUCAACAUUCUCGGCCGCUUCCUGCUUAACAGUGAUAAGAACAUCAGGGCAGAUCGUCAGGGCUGUUGGCCACGGCACAACAGAGUCUUUUCCACCCUGGGCAGGUACGUGGCCCUGACGUCGUUGCUGAGGCUGGUACAGUCUGAUCACAGUGCUGUGCAGCGACAUCGGCCCACUGUGGUGGAAUGUCUGCAGGAAAGUGAUGCCUCCCUCAGCCGGCAGGCCUUGGAGCUGAGCCUGGCUCUGGUGAACAACUCCAAUGUGCGAGCCAUGACACAGGAGCUGCAGGCCUUUCUUGAGUCCUGCCCCCCAGAUCUGCGGUCUGACUGUGCUUCAGGCAUCCUGCUGGCUGCAGAGAGGUUCGCUCCAACCAGGCGGUGGCAUAUAGACACCAUCCUGCAUGUGCUGACAACGGCAGGUACCUAUGUGCGGGAUGACGCCGUGGCCAACCUGACCCAGCUGAUUGGAAGUGCACAGGAGCUACAUGCUUACUCUGUGCGCCGCCUCUACCAGGCACUGGUGGAGGACAUCUCUCAGCAACCACUGGUGCAAGUGGCCGCCUGGUGCAUAGGGGAGUAUGGGGACUUCCUGCUGGAGAACUGUGAGGAAACUGAACCCCUUCAGGUAGAAGAGGAGGAGGUACUGGCGCUACUGGAAAAGGUGCUACAGUCCCCUAUGUCCCUGCCAGCCACCCGUGGAUAUGCCCUCACAGCCCUCAUGAAGCUCAGCACCCGGCUCCCGGGAGACACCAACCGCAUCCGCCAGGUGGUGUCCAUCUACGGGAGCUGUCUGGACGUGGAGUUGCAGCAGCGGGCUGUGGAGUAUAAUGUGCUCUUCCAGAAGUAUGACCACAUGAGGGCCGCCAUCCUUGAAAAGAUGCCUCUUGUGGAGCAUGGUGGCUCUCGGGCUGAUGAAGAAGCCAAAGAAAGCAGAGAAGACACAGCCCCUGUCCCCACAGAGCCCCAGACAUCAAAGCUCUUGGAUCUGCUAGAUCUCCUGCACGAAGCUCCUGGGGACACCCAGCAGCCACCCUCUCUGACUCCCUCCCCAGAGGGUGCCCUAGUACGCUUCCUUGAUCUUCCCUGUGCACCUCCACCCCCAGGUAAACCUCAGCAAAGGGGAGAGAGAGGUCUUACGAGAUGGGUAGAAAUGUGCUUUCUCCUUUGGAACCACAGACUGCAGCUCAUGUAUCCCCCUCCUGUGUGCCCCCCAAUCCAGAUCACCCUAUCUUAUAGGUUAAAGGGUUCAUUUGAUCAUGCCAAUCCCCUUUGGCCACUCUUCAGUGUCUUCCUUUGUUCAGACUUCUUCCCCGUGCCACAGGGCCCUGCUACCUCCCCAACCCGUUUCAUACUACUUUCCCCGUGCCCACUUCCUCAGUUCCUCAAACCCUCCCACCUCAAGCUCUUGGCAUUUCUUGUUUUGUCUCUGUUAAAUGUCAGUUGCCCUCCCCUGCUGUUCCUAUUUAAGCUAGUUCUUCCUAGUUAUCUCACUCAUAGUACCCAUUACCACCCUGAUUGUCUUGUUUCGGUUUUGCUUAUACUCCACGCCCCCGACUAGGCUGUCAGCUCCAACUUUUUUUUUUUUCAAUUGCUAUUUCAUUGCUGAGGAUUGAACUUAGGGCCUCAUGAAUGC